AUGAGCGUGCCUCGCGGAGAGGGACGAGCAGGAGAGGGGACGAGCCUUCAUCCUUCGGCACCUCCCUCCCGACCAGACGGGUCCCACGCUCGCGUCGUCGACGCUGCGCUCACCCGUGCCGCUGAGGCGUGCGGCUACGAGGGCGUGCUCGGCGACGCCAUCACCGCGCGGCGGGCUCGCCUGCCUGCGCGGAUGCGCGGCCUCGGCCUGCGCUCGCUCGAGGAGGUGGCGCCGGCUGCGUUCUGCGCCUGCUUUGUCGAGGCGGCCGAGAGGUUCCUCGACAGGUCGACGCCCGGCGGCGGCAGAGAGCGCGGCUUCUUCCAGAUGCUCGCUCCGCUCUUCGGCCACGGCGCCUUCGAGUUGCCGUACCCGAACAGCCCUCGCCUCUCGCGCUUCCUCUCGGGCUGCACCACCAACGUCAACCCGCUCGGCGCGCAGCUGGGGCAGCUGACGCCGACGGGCGAGUCCUUCAAGAAGGCGUGGGAGGGCAUGCAGCGAGAGGUCCGCGGCGAGGGCGUGGCGGGACCUCUCGAUGUCCGGGCUCCCGAGGCUGGCAACGGGCGGGCCGGCAGCGCUGGGCUACAGCGGCAGCUGACGCAGCAGCGGGAGCAGGUCAAGCGCAACCAGCUCAGCCGCAGCAUCCUCGGGCUGCCGCACGGCGACACGCGGCGGGAGGCGUGGCUGGCCGUCGACUCGUUCUCGUCCGCGUGGGUGAGCUCAUGGCCCUCGGCUCAGAACCGGUGCGAGGCGCGCGAGUUCCGCGAGAUCUUCUGCACCUACCUCGGCCGGGAGAGCCCAGCCGUGCGCGCGCUCGUGGGCAAGAGCAUCGCCUGCUCCGGCCGCGGCCCUCCUCGAGUCUGCGAUGCCUUUGGCGUCCAGCUGGGCUUGGCGACGCUCAACGACCGCGCCCACGGCAACUGCCACGACGACAUCUUCUCACGCGUGAUCGGUGAUGCGCUGCACGCGGGGCUGCGCGGCAAGGAGGAACCGCGCGAGAUCUUCAGCGCCGUCAUCCCGCCUGUCACACUCAACGGCACCGCUGGCACGCGCGGCAAGAACGGCAUCGUGCCGGAUGGGCGCCUGCACUGCAAGCUGCGCGAGUCCCGCACGGCGCGCUGCACGGGCACACGAGGCCAGGCGCAUCCGUCUGUCCGGUGGCGCGGCACGACAGUGCAGCGCGGGCCCGAGCAGCCGCCGGCGGAGCACCUCCUCGAGGGCAAGACCAUCCACCGCGGCGGGCCUCACUACAUGAGCGCUCGGGCGCGCGACGAUGGCCAGGGCGGCGCUGUCGCCGACAGGGCGAACCUUGUCCAGCGCGACUACGAGGCGCGGGCGGCGGCGCUCGAUGCCAAGCCGCACGUGCAGGCAUGGAACAACGGCUCGAGGGACGCCGUUUCCUCCGUGCUGCGCUCGUUUGGCACCGUGCGCAGCCUCGUUGUCGGGGCCUACGCGGAGGCGUCGGACGACCUGCACCAGCUGUUCGACUGUGUGGUGGAGUCGGCAUCCAAGCAGCACUGGAGGCGGAUCGGCGCGCGUAGCGCGAAGGAGGCGCGGUCCUACUUCGCUACGACGCUGCGGCGGGCGUGGGGCGUGCACUUUGCGCGCGAGUUUGCGCGGCACCGCAUCCGACGCGUGGUGUUCGUGGGGGCCCCGCGGCGACAGCCGGGCAGGCCUCUCGCGACGGCCGAUGGAGACUGGCCAUUGCUGUCGGCGGGCGAGCACGCGCUCAGCGUGGCGCACGAGGCCGACUUGUGGCGCAACUGGAUCCCGCCCUGCUCGGCGGCGGAGGUCGUCGCUGCGCCCGAGCCGCUCGAGCGGAUCACGUACUGCCAGUUCGACUUGCCGAUGCUGCGGCGCGGCCUGCUGCUGCACUGGUCCCUCUCGGACCAGCUCCUCGAGCGGCAGUCGCUGCUGCUGCUCGGCGCGUCCGUGCUCGUGCAGACGCUCUCGCGCAGCUCGGCGCGCAUCGAUUGGAUCGGAGGCUCCGUGCUGGCGCUGCUGCUGCGAGAGGCGCAAAAGGUGGCCAAGGAGGGGGCGUGCGAGGCGGCCACCGCGGCGGGCGACGAGCGCGGGCCGCCGAGCAAGGCGGCCCUCGAGGCGAGUGUGUACUUGCGCCGCCUCGAGGCGAAGCCGGAGGUGUACGCCGGGAUGGAGCAGCUGACAGAGACGUACUUCGAGUGCAUCGGCCACGACAGCGCGGAGGACUAG